GGGAUUUUUAGGGAUAAGGUACAAUGGAGGCCAAGAGCAUCAUAGAUUGAGUUAGAACUCAAACCUCUUAUGUGCACUUUAGAAAUAGACUUUAGGGAUCAACACAAACCUGAUGAGAGACACACACCCAUGCACAGGUGAAACACAUACUCACAAACUCAACCUGCAAUUAUGCACCUCUGCAGUACAUUUAAUCUGACACAGUCCCUGUCUUCCUUGAGGUCACAGCUCAGAGGUGCAUAGUGGCCUCAGGAAAAGAGUCCCAACCCUGAGGGACCCCAGAACAUUUUCAUGGUGCUCCAGUCCACCAACCUUACACCUGGGGUGGCCCAAACGCCAUUCCCAGCCCCAGAUGUCUUCUAGCACAAGAAAUCCCAGGAGAAGAAGAGAUGGCUGGACACUGGUCAGUCAGAUGGUCCCAGACAGACGUUGGAGGAGUCCUGCUGUCAUUAUGGAGAAAGGAAACAGACACAAUUUCAUCACUUUGUGAUGGGGCACUACUGACUCUAGCAGGGAGGAGACCAGGGAACAGGGCAGACACCUGCCUCUCAGGCUGCCCCAAAACUUCUCUUGCUUGGCUUUACAAAUCGCUAUGAGCCAUCCUCUGAGGAAUAAACAGCAGGUGAUGCGGGGGAGGGGGUUGUAUUGCUCUCAGGGGAGGGUUUAAUAGGCUAGACAUAAAUCCUAACUUGUGCUAUUCUUUAUAAAAUGAUUUUAAAGGCCAGGGGCAUGUGUGGUGGGGCCGGGAGGGGGGAGGGUCUUAAAUCAGACCACCGACCAGCUGCUCUCUCCUGUCUCAUUCCUGUGUGGAGACCCAGGUUUUCAGCCCAGCAACCCAUGAGCAUCAAAAGGAUCGAAGCCCCCACUCUGAGCAGCCCCCAGGGAGGCUUGGGAGUUGCUCCUCAGAAACCCCCACAGGAGUCUCAAACUAAGCACCACAGCAGAUGUUCUGGAUGGAGAACUUUCCCCACAAAAUGAUACCCAUGGGGGGCAUUUAGAUUGAAAGGCCGCAUCUGGGAGAGGAAGGUGCUUGUCCCUGAGCUCCCCAGAGGGGAGUCAGCAUGUCCACCAGAGACCCUUUCAGAGCUGCUGGCUGCCUCCACUUCCUGACCCCUCCUAGACCCCAAAGUCUCCGUCUGAGCUCCCUCCCCUUCUCCAUCCUGUAGUGGCGCUUGCUGCAGCCCUCCCUGGUUGCUUUAUUUAUUUAUUUUGCACCAACAGGGUUGCUGCAGACUCAUUCUCGCCUGGUUUAAAAAGAGACAGAGGAAAAAAAAAAAAAAAAAAGGAGAAAUGCUUUCUGGCUCUUUUCUCUACCUCGGUCUUGGCAGCAGCGGCCACAGCAGCAAUAGCAGCCCCAGCGGGCAGGCGGGCGGGAGGGCGGCGGGGCAGCGGGCAGUGAGGGGAGUGAGGCCCGGCGGCCCGGGGUGCAGCUUGAAUGGGACGUCCCCCAGCCCUGGACAGAGGCAGUGUCCAACUUGAUGCCGCCCUCCAGCUUCUCCGACAUUCAGGGAGAUUGGGUCUUGCUAAUUCAGGGCCCCAGGCCCUGGGCCAGGCUCCAGAAGGGCAGAGGGGCAGUAGGUGGAGUCCAGGGGCACAGAGCUGAGCAUACUUCCCAGCCCUGGAGGACUUCGUCAAGGACUGAAGAGGGGAAGGCUAUGGGUCCAGCUCCAAAGCAAGCCUGGCCCCCAUGGCCCCCUCUCCUGUUCCUGCUCCUCCUGUCUGGAGGCAGUUGUGGUGGGUGCCCUGCCGUGUGUGACUGUGCCUCCCAGCCCCGGGCAGUGCUCUGCCCCCUUCGGCGACUGGAGGCUGUGCCUGGGGGACUCCCGGCGGACACUGAGCUCCUGGACCUGAGUGGAAAUCGCCUGUGGGGGCUUCAGCGCGGAAUGCUCUCCCGCCUGGGCCUGCUCCAGGAACUGGACCUCAGCUACAACCAGCUGUCCACCCUUGAGCCUGGGGCCUUCUAUGGCCUCCAAAGCCUCCUGACCCUGAGGCUGCAGGGCAACCGGCUGCGAAUCAUGGGGCCCGGGGUCUUUUCAGGCCUGUCUGCCCUCACGCUGCUCGACCUCCGCCUCAACCACAUUGUCCUCUUCCUUGACGGAGCCUUUGGGGAGCUGGGCAGCCUCCGGCAGCUGGAGGUGGGGGACAACCACCUGGUGUUCGUGGCUCCAGGGGCGUUGGCAGGGCUGGCCCAGCUGAGCACCCUCACCCUGGAACGCUGCAACCUCAGCACAGUGCCCGGCCUGGCCCUGGCCCGCCUCCCGGCACUAGUGGCCCUGAGGCUUCGAGAACUGGAUAUUGGGAGGCUGCCAGCUGGGGCACUACGGGGGCUGGGGCAGCUAAAGGAGCUGGAGAUCCACUCCUGGCCAUCUCUGGGGGCUCUGGAGCCUGAGAGCCUGGCUGGGCUCAAUCUCAGCAACCUGGCCAUCACCCGCUGCAAUCUGAGCGCAGUACCCUGCCAAGCGCUCCGCCACCUGAGCUUCCUCAGGGUCCUGGAUCUGUCUCAGAACCCCAUCUCAGCCAUCCCCGCCCGAAGCCUCAGUCCCCUGGUGCGGCUGCAGGAGCUCCGGCUGGCGGGAGCGUGCCUCACCUCCAUUGCCGCCCAUGCCUUCCACGGCCUGACCGCUUUCCACCUCCUGGACGUGACAGAUAAUGCCCUUCAGACGCUGGAGGAAACGGCCUUCCCUUCCCCAGACCAACUAGUCACCCUGCGGCUGUCGGGUAACCCCCUGACAUGUGACUGCCGCCUCCUCUGGCUGCUCCGGCUGCGCAGGCACCUGGACUUCGGUGUGGCACCCCCUGCCUGUGCCAGCCCCCGGCACAUGCAGGGCAAGAGCCUGAGGGAGUUCUCAGACAUCCUGCCUCCAGGGCACUUCACUUGCCAACCGGCCCUGAUCCGAAAGUCUGGGCCGCGAUGGGUCAUCGCAGAGGAGGGGGGGCAGGCCGUUUUCUCCUGCUCCGGAGACGGAGACCCAGCGCCCACGGUCUCUUGGAGGAGGCCUCAGGGCCCUUGGCUGGGAAGGGCUGGGCGAGUGAGGGUCCUGGAGGAUGGGACGCUGGAGAUCCGCUCGGUGCAGCUGCAGGACAGAGGAGCCUAUGUCUGCAUGGUCAGCAAUGUUGCUGGGAAUGACUCCCUGAGGACCUGGCUCGAAGUACUCCAAGUUGAACCACCAAAUGGCACUCUCUCUGACCCUAACAUCACCACGCCAGGGAUCCCAGGGCCCUUCUUCCUGGAUAGCAGAGGUGUAGCUAUGGUGCUAGCAGUUGGCUUCCUCCCCUUCCUCACCUCGGUGACCCUCUGCUUUGGCCUCAUUGCCCUCUGGAGCAAGGGCAAAGGCCGGGUCAAACAUCACAUGACCUUUGACUUUGUGGCACCUCGGCCCUCAGGGGAUAAGAACUCGGGGGGUAACCGGGUCACCGCCAAGCUCUUCUGACCUUUACUUCCACAUCGGAGCUCCAGCCAAGACAGCUUCGGAUACCAAAAGGGAAGAAAACCAAGGUUGCUUGAACCAGAACCUAGGCCCACCCCCGCCUGCAUCGUGCCAACAGCUAAUGACGCCUCUCAAGAAGGUCUGCCUCCCCCCUGCUUUUGCAGUUUGAGGAUGGGAGCAGAAGCUGUAGACCUGUAGUCAGUCUAGCCCUCCCUGCACCCCCCUCCACCAAGCAGGAAACAUCCCCAAGGCUCCAGUCUACUCGUUCACACACACUGACACCCUUUAACAACCAGUACCAAUUGCUAACCACAGCUACGAGAUUAUUGCAGAGGUGAGGCUGAGAAGCGCCGCUUGCUUCUCAACCAUGCAGUCUACCUCUCUUUUCUGGUCUCUUUUCUGCUCCUCCCCAGGAGCAAGGAACUAGGGCCAAGGAUCUCAGGCUCAGAAGAUGUGAGUGUACAAUGCAGGGGGGCGGGGGGGGGGGGUAGACUGCACACUGGCUGUGUCUGCAUGAGGCCUCCAGCACCUGCCCCAUCUGUCACAUCAUUAAACUUGCUGCCAAAAGGCCAUGAUAGCAGCAGUCUAAAUUAAUGUGAUAUCUGGAGUUUUCUUUACUUCACUUUUUCUCCCCCCUCAUUUUUAUCAAAUCUCUCCCUUCCUACCCUUUCUGCCUGCCCACUGAGCAUGUACCCCAGCAGCCUCCCCGACAUAUAAGCUUAACACCAAAGGAGGCCCAGAGAUGUUCUGGAGAAACUCUCAGUCUGUUUCCAUUUCGGCCCUUUCCCUGUACUCUGGAGUUAGAGAAGGAGGGAUCCUCCACCUUCCUAGGGAUCCCUCUGAAGAAAUUCCAGCCUGGGGUACCUGGCUCCUUCCCUACUUUCCAGUUCUUGUUGGGAUCCCCCAAUCACAGAUCCCUAGUACCCUAGGGGGAAAGUACAAAGGGAACUCCUAGAAAAUGCCUAACAAAAGCACAGAUCUGCAGUUGUCCCAGCAGGCAGACCGAGAACCCGGCAGGACCAGGCUUGGAGGAACCAGGCAGGAAGGGCACUGCACACUGUAGGGAGAGCAGAGGGAAGGGGCCGCAGCAGGAUCUGGCUGCCUAGUUAAUUUCCACUGCCCUUCUGCAGGGGCCUCUUGUUCCCUGUUCAGCGAAGCCCAGGUGGGAAGCUGUCUCUGGAUAGAGGCUACUGUCUAACGGAGACCCCAGACGCAGAGGCAGGCUGAGAGGAGACGCUGACUGCUCUGAGCGUGCUUCAAAUAGGUGGCAAAGCCAAGCCAGGGAAAAGGAGAGAUUCAAGAGGCAGCAGCUUCAGCAUCUCAGAAGGGGAGGAGUGAAGGGGCAGGAGGGGCAGGGAGGAAGGACUGAGAAGUGGGGAGUCACGAGGCCCUGGGUCUCUCUGCAGCAGCAUCUGCUCAGUGUCCUUAGCUCCCCUCCACCCUCAAGGGCCCCCACCCACCCCUCAGUAUGCAAGCAUCAUCAGCCUCCUGCUGAUUCCUGCUGCUCUCGUCCUUGCUCCUUGCUCCUUGCUCCGAGGAGACUCUACUCAUUAGAAGAUUCCCAGCUCAAAUUAUCCCCACAGGGGAGAGAAGCAGACGCCAUCCAGGAGGCAGCCAGACUUGACCAGCAGGCAAGCUCUCCAGUGGGGCCCUGGUGGGCUUCUGGGGGUGGGUCAGAGAUGAGAACAGGAGGUUGGGAGAGGGAGGCUGGAGAAUCCAACAAUCUAGAGAAAAGCGUACCCCUGAGCCUCCAACCCUGCCCCCGCCACACACUCACAAUUCUCUUAGCAUCCUGACAACCUCCCCUCUCCAGUUUAUAAGGCACCAGAAAGAUUCCACCACGCUUCCCCCCAGCCCCCACACAGCCCUUUCUCUCCUCUCCAAAACCCUCCAUCCACGGCUUACUAGGUUGGGACUUGGGGGUCAAGUACUAGAGGGUCUCACUCUCAUUGCCCACCCUCCAAUGCAGAAGACAGCAAAAACAGCAAUAUUGUGCAGAGAAAUCUCAGGGAAGCCCCCAGAGACAGUGGGGCACAGGUGACGCAGGGAGCAGGGGCCACAGCUGCCGAGUCCCAGUCUCCCGAGCAGCUCUGCCCAGAAAUCAAACGUGAGGCACCCAUGUCAUCU